UUAAAGUCAGUUGAAACUAGUACUUUUCUAAAUUGGACACAUUUUUGGUGAAAGCAGAGGAUGGAAGAAGAAGAAGAAAGUGGAGGAGGUGGCGAAUAAAUGAGAGAGUGACCCAAAACCAUUAAAGCAAGCAAGCAAUAAGUGUAACUAACCCAAUUGAUUAAGUUUCCGAAACAGUAACAGUUGAAGCUCACGACUGAGUGAGGAGCAAGAAUAGAAAUGUCGAACUACACAGUGGAGUCAUUCAUGGUGGAUUCCACAGAUGGGGUCAAGCUCCGCACGCGCCUCUUCAAACCGUCAGAGGGACACGGAUCCCCAACCAUGGCCAUCGUGCUCGUUCACCCCUACUCCGUCUUGGGUGGUUCGCAGGGCCUCCUCAAGGGGAUCGCCUCCGGUUUAGCCGAAAACGGUUACGUCGCCGUCACCUUCGACAUGAGAGGCGUCGGCAGGUCUACUGGCAGAGCUUCUCUCACCGGCUUUUCCGAAGUUAACGACGUCGUUUCCGUCUCUAAUUGGGUCUCCAACCACCUCUCUCUCCGCAAGAUCCUCUUGGUUGGUUCUUCCGCCGGUGCUCCUAUUGCUGGCUCCGCUGUUGAUAAGAUAGAACAAGUCAUUGGUUAUGUAAGCAUUGGUUAUCCAUUUGGAAUCACUGCAUCAAUCCUCUUUGGAAGACACCACAAAGCUAUUAUACAGUCCCAGAAACCAAAACUCUUCAUUAUGGGAACACAGGAUGGAUUCACCAGUGUCAAGCAGCUCAGAAAUAAGCUUAGUUCUGCCGCCGGUCGCGUCGAAAUGCACCUCAUCGAUGGAGUUGGCCAUUUCCAAAUGGAAGGGCCUGCUUAUGAUGCUCAGAUGGUUGAUCUCAUUGUCAAAUUCGCUGCAUCAUUAUAG